UGCUUCUCUCACAGCAUCCAUUUCACGGAGACUCCAGCUCGCAGCGGAGGACACGGUGCGCAUUUCUCUGAACCACGGAGCUGCUCUCUCCUCAACUCCGUUACCUAGAGCGGCUGGCGGGCGGAGCGACACUUUUCCUUGCGUUUAUCCACACUAUUUCGAGCCCGUUUCCUUGGAGCAAAGAGGAGAUUCUGCAUCCUGUUUGUGGAAUUUGCAGCUCAACGGAAUAUCUGACGGUUCAAGUUUUCUUGGAAGUUGCGCAGUGACUGAAAAUGAGGGGCAUUUGUGGCUAUUUGGCGAUUCCUGGGAAAUGCCUUGUGGUCCUCGGACUUAAAUUGUUAUUCCUUGUACCUGCAGGAGUUCCAGCCAGAACCGGAGAUUCAGUAUUAAAGGACAACAUCACCGUCAGACAGGGGGACAGCGCCGUCUUAAAAUGCAACGUAGAUAGCAAAGUAUCUCGAGUGGCCUGGCUCAACCGCACCACCAUUCUCUUCGCAGGAAGUGAGAAGUGGUCUCUGGACCCUCGCGUCAUCCUGAUGGAAAACACAGCAGUCACAGAGUACAGCAUCAUGAUCCAAAAUGUUGACAUCCAUGACGAGGGACCCUACGUCUGCUCCAUCCUCACAAACAAGAAACCAAAAUCCACAAAAGUGCAUCUCAUCGUUCAAGUACCCGCCAAGAUCACCAACAUAUCGAAGGACGUCACGGUGAACGAGGGCAGCAAUGUCAAUCUGAUGUGUCUGGCGGUCGGCCGACCCGAGGCCAACAUCAUAUGGAAGCAUCAUUCCCCAAGUGGCACUCAUACAUUUGUGACGGAGGGGGAACAUCUGGAGCUGACAGCCAUCACCAAAGAGCAGUCAGGGUCGUACGAGUGCAUCGCUUCCAAUGACAUUUCCAGCCCUGACAUCAGGACUGUGCAAGUCACAGUCAACUAUCCUCCCUUCAUUUCUAAAGCGAGGAGUACGGGUACUGCAGUCGGACAAAAAGGAGUCCUGCAAUGCGAAGCCUCUGCUGUUCCGAGGGCAGAUUUCGAGUGGUACAAAGAAGACAGCAGGCUUUCCAAUGGACUGAACGGUGUUAAGAUAGAGAAUCAAGGUAAACAGUCCAUGCUCGUCUUCUUCAACGUCUCAGAAGAGGACUAUGGGAACUACACGUGUGUUGCAGUGAACAACAUGGGAAUCACUAACGCCAGCAUAAUCCUUUAUGGUCCUGGGGCCAUGCACGAUGUGAAUGGGGCUGCCGUCCUGCCCCGGGUCUCGGUUUUCCUCCUGCUGACGGUAACCUCACUCUACCUGCUGAGGUUCUGAUGUGAGAGGAACAACCUGCAAGCUCCUCUCAGCACUGAGCGGCAAGAACAGACUAUUAGUCCUUCAAGAAGAACAGGAAGUUAAGAGUGCCAGUGGUUGCUUCUUAGUUUUCUUUCUCUUUUUCUUUCUGGCUUUGCAUCAGAGUCUGUUCUCUGUACGCUCGCCAAGAGUGAGAGGCAUCAAUCGGAUGAAGGGAAAUUUGAAUCAUGCACUAAUAUGAUGAUGAUGAUGAUGUUAGAACUACUGAGUUUGUGUCCCCCCCCAAUCCUUUUUGUAUGUGAAAAGGGAAAAAUAAGAAAAAAUAUGUGUAACUGUUGAUAGUUGACUGUUUAUUGCUAUUGCUAAUAUUGAAGUGUACAUUCAGAUUAUUAUAAUUAUUAUUAUUAUUAUUAUUAUUAUUAUUAUUAUUAUUAUAAUUAUUAUUGUGUCAUGUCCGGUUCAAUAUCUGUACAAUACCAUUAAGCUUUUUUUAAGUAAAUGACAAAAAAAGUAAAAAAUGCAAUGUGGUUGAUGAAUUUUACUGUAUUUUUACAGUUGUAUGCAAAACAGAGUAACAGGUCCUUCAUGAUAAACACUUCAGACUAAUAAAUGGUAAACCUUGAUUUCUCAGGCAAAGUCCCACAGCAUAGUGCAUCCAACCUUUAUUUUUAUCCUUACGUGUGUACAACAUGUACAAACGUGUACAGACAAUUCCUGCACUAUUGUUUUCUGCUUUUCUGAAACACCUGUCAUAGCAGCUUCACGGCAUAUUCACAAAACAAUGAAGCGGUAUCGUCAAACAUGUAUGAUAAGCUUUAUAUGGGGAGAGGUGCUGGUUAGUACUAAGUAUAAAGUCGAUUAACAUACAGAUAACCUACACUGAAAAAAACUGAAACGUUGACUUUAAUGAAAUGUAUUAAGUCAAAGGAUUUCACAUAACUGUAUUAGGUUAGUUGAAAGCAAUAAUAUUAAGUUGAACCUAAUAUUUUGGAUUUGAACUAAAUAUUAUUGCCUACCUAAUACAGUUAUGUCAAAUCUGGUGACAUAAUACAUUUAAUUAAAGUCAAUGUCUUAGUGUACAGGUAGUGCUGAUGACAUCAUGGUUAAUUAGCAUCAUGACACUGAGGUGAAGUCUUUACUGCUUUAAACUAAAUUCAUCUAGUCAACUUUUCAGCAGGAUAUUUUUGGCAUUCAAGUAUUGUUUUAAAACAGUAUUUUUUAGUUUUAAGUUAAAUAUCCUACUUUAUUAACACAUGCAUAUUUCAUAAAUGCCCUUUGAGUUUCUCAGGCAGCCACGGUGGUUUUAAUUAUCUCGGUUGACCGCUGGGCUUUUAUGCAAUUUCUUAUCGUAUUCACACAGACCCACAACAGUUUGCAGCUUGUCAUGUGUUUGUUUAUUUAUUUACUAUAAUUUAGCAUUGCUUAACAAUAAAUACAAUUUCAAAUAUCAAUGAAAAUGCAUUCAAUCACCACGGUAGGGUCAAGUCAAAAACCAAAAUGCAUAUGGGAGUUAGUUUGUUUGUUAUCUUUUCACAUAUUGUGUUGUAUAUGUUCAAUGACAUGACAUUAGAUUUACUGAUAAGAUAAACAGCUUUUUUUUGUUUAAGUUAUUAAAUUAAAAGUGUAGCUUGUAUAAAAAAAUAAACAUGUGUGCGCAUUUGGAUGGAUAACUCAGUAAAACUCUGGCAUUAAUAGAUUUGUGUUUAGAAAUGCAAAAGAAGGAACAAAAUCAGACGUGGCUUUCUUUAGUUUGCAUGUUAUCAUACCAAUACAUUUAAACAUCAGUACACCAGAAAACAGCAGUUUAAUCAUAUUUAUCACCUAAGUAUUAAAAUGUAAAGUGGUGGAGAAGCAGGGUGAACGCCCUUGAUUUAAAACUCCUUCCAUUUAUAAAAUCUGGGGGGGAGUGGGUGUUUUUGACAUUUUUCCACAUUUGACUCCAGUCCACUCCCAGGCCUCCGAUGACACCAGACUACUUCAUGAAUAACAAGGCAGCAGAGUCAACUUGAAUAAUGAUGAAUGUACCGCGCAGCUGCUAUGAAGCUUUUUUCAGGUGUUAUGAAUGUCUGCUUUUAACCUGGUUUGCAGAAGCUGUUCCCGGGACUGCAGAGUGAUCGAUGUGUUCUGUGGGCAGCAGAUGCAUUUUUAAGGGAGGUUUUUUUAGUCUGCCUCGGACAGAAAUGUACAGUGGUGAGAAUAUACUUAAAGCACAAGUGAUUGAUAAUGUGAUGUUCUGCUAUUGUCCAGUUCACUCCUGUGCAUACGUAUGAGUAAGAAAUGUGUUGAAGACAAAACAACAGGGAGGAGGUCGAUGUAUGUGGGAAUGCUUUCGUUGUACUCACAUGUUCAGUUAUGUGCUCGUGAUGAUGGUAAACAGUCAGCUGCAGAUUUUUUCACAGGAUGUGAUUUCACUUUUUAUGGGUUUGCAAAAGGCAGAUGAGACAGAUGCUAAAGUUAAGGGUUAUAUAAACCUUUCCAUCCCAGACAGGUUAACAUGAUCAGUACUGAUGUCAAUAACCUUGAAUCAAUUCCCGAAACCCCCAUUAAAAGAUAACUAAUACUGGAA